CUCAGUUAUAUUUUGACCUGUUUUCCUCCAAGCUCCAACUCAAGGAAGGCAUCUGUAAAUUAACUUAUGGAUUUUUUUCUUUCAUCAUUGUUGCUGCCUAUGAUGGUCUCUGUCCGCUUUCAACAACAUUCUACCAGCCCUGAAAAAUGUUUUUAUUUUGAUAGCUGUGGACUAUGGCUGCACACCUGAGCUUAAAAUAUUGACAGAUACUAUUAGUACAGAUUCCAUCUAUGCAAAGAGUGUAGUUCCCAUUUUGGAGCAGAUUGCCUGUCAUCAAUAACAAUAUGGCAUCUGCUUAUGUCUCCCUCAUCAACACAACCAUCGGUGGAGCACCACUACAACUUAAUUACAUUUACAGUUAUGACUGCUGGGGCAUUUUUCUGUAUAAUUUCUAUUUCCAUGGUUUCAGUCAGUAUGACUGUCCAUAUUUUGUGCGAGUCUAAUUUUACCAGUGUUUUGUUUGGGCUCAAUAAUAUAAAAACAGCAUAUAUGGCCUGAAGGAUAAGUCAAUGAUUUUCAACAGAUGAAGCUCUUCGGUGUCCGGACGAUUCGGCACUGACUUGUAAAAAUAUUUGUACGUGUUCAAUAAAUAAAUAAUACAAUGGUUUAUCUAAUUCAUUUUAAAUUUUUCAGUUUUUCAAAAUUUAUACGGUUUUAUAAAAAUUGCGUCGUGUCGAUCAUGUUUCAUGUUUUACAGAUUUACACGAACCGUAAUAAAUAAAAGCAGGUAAUCGAAGAUGAAAAUAUUGUUGUGCAUAACAAAAUAAGGGUAAAUUUUAUUAACUGGAAUGAAUCAAGUCUUUUAAUGAUUUGAUUUGUAUAAAGUAAAGACAAAAACAAAAAAUUCCCUAAAAUAAAAAAUUCAGUCUGAAUUAAAGAAAUCUGACACACGACAUCAUUUCCCCGAAGGAAAAGUGGCAACGUUGUGACUAGCAAGAGUUCUUUUCUUUCAUUGGAACUCUUCUUUUCUAAGCUUAAGGACAAUUGUGGAGCUGCGCCACGGUUGUUUAGCUAGACCAAGAUGGGUGCAUACAAGUAUAUGCAAGAGUUGUACCGUAAGAAGCAGAGCGAUGUUAUGCGAUUUUUGCUCCGUAUGAGGUGUUGGCAAUACCGUCAGCUCCACCGUGUUCACAGAGCUCCCAGACCCACCAGGCCCGACAAGGCUCGUCGCAUGGGAUACCGUGCUACCCAAGGGUUCGUCAUCUACCGUGUCCGAGUUCGUCGUGGUGGUCGCAAGCGCCCAGUUCCAAAGGGUUGCACCUAUGGUAAACCCAAGGGCCAUGGUGUCAACCACUUGAAGCCCACUCGCAACCUCCAGGCCAUUGCUGAAGAGCGUGUUGGUCGUCGUUGUGGUGGACUCCGUGUGCUCAACUCUUAUUGGGUUGGACAGGAUUCCACUUUCAAAUUCUACGAAGUGAUCCUCGUCGACACUGCCCACAAGGCUAUCCGUCGUAACCCCAAGACCCAAUGGAUCGUCAACCCUGUACACAAGCACCGCGAGCUCCGUGGUUUGACUUCAGCAUCCAAGAAGUCCCGAGGUCUAGGAAAGGGUCAUGGAUUUUGCCAGACAAAUGGCGGAUCUCGCCGAGCCACCUGGAAGAGACGCAACACUCUAUCUCUUCUCCGCAAACGUUAAACCGAUCCCAAUUUUUGGUUGUAUCUUGCUCGAGUUGUACGCUUGUUCAAUACAUCUACUUGGUCAGCUCG